AUGGGAGCGGGAUCGGCGCGGGGGGCCCGAGGCACAGCGGCGGCGGCGGCGCGCAAGGGGGGGGGGUAUCUCUUCGCCUGGAUCAUAGUCUCGUUUGCCUGUCACUUGGCUUCCACCCAAGGAACUCCUGAAGAUGUGGACGUCCUCCAACGGCUGGGCCUCAGUGGGACAAAGGUGGCAGGCGGGAGGAGGCCUGCUCCCCUGGGAGUCAUUCCCUUCCAGUUGGGGUUCAUCUUCACACAACAGGCUCGGCUCCAGGCGCCCACGACCUCCAUCAUUCCUGCCGCCCUGGGCACAGAACUGGCUCUGGUGCUAAGCCUCUGCUCCCACCGAGUGAACCAUGCUUUCCUCUUCGCUGUGCGCAGCCGGAAGCACAAGCUGCAGCUGGGCCUGCAGUUCCUCCCGGGCAAGACGGUUGUCCACCUGGGGCCCCGGCGCUCCGUGGCCUUUGACCUUGACGUGCACGAUGGGCGCUGGCACCACCUGGCCCUGGAGCUCCGUGGUGGCACAGUCACCCUGGUGACGGCUUGUGGGCAGCACCGAGUGCCUGCCCCACUGCCUUUCAGCAGGGACCCAGGGCUGGACCCUGAGGGCUCCUUCCUCUUCGGGAAGAUGAGUCCACACGCGGUCCAGUUUGAGGGCGCCCUGUGCCAGUUCAGUAUCUACCCUGUGACGCAGGUUUCCCAUAAUUAUUGCACUCAUCUGCGGAAGCCGUGUGGACAGGCUUACGUGUACCGGCCCCAGCUGGGACCUGUCUUCCUCCGGGACUCUGGCUCCCUCUUCCGGACUGACCUCCCAAUGUUGGGUCUGAAGAACCUGACCACUGUCACCCCAACUCUGGGGUCAUGGCCAGCAAACAAGGUGACCGUGGGGCCAGCCAUGCCCACCAAGCCCCUGAGGACUAGCACCACAAUCCCUUCCCAGCAUGUAACGGCCGGGGCCCCAGCCCGGACCCCACUGCCCUCUGCAAAGCGAUUGUCCAGUCUGGCACUUCCUCCUGUGCCCCUCACCUCCUUGGCCAGCAUCCCUAGAACUCCUCGCCCUGCAGCCUCACCUAACCAGCCGUCAUGGAAGAACACAGCCACCAAAAACCCCAAAAGUCUCUCAGCUGUGUCUUCUACUCCUUCAACUUCAGUUGUUCCUGUCAAAAGCCCACUCUCCACCCAGAAGACAGCUCCACGUUCCCGCCCAGGGUCAGCCCCAUCUGCCCAGAAACAUUCAGCGUUAGCCACUUCCCACCGUGUUCCUGCUAAAGUCCAUCCCACAGUGAGAACAUCCCGGAGGAGCCCUGGCACACCCCCACCUCUGCCUCCUAGCUCCAGGCCCCUACCGCCUGUUGUUGUUUCCUCCAAAAAACUCCUUUCCCCGGUGGCUCAGACCAAGGCCAAGCUGAGUCACGCCAGUAAGCCGGCUCCCGCUCACACUAUCACACAGAAAGCACCCCAUUCCACCGUAUUGCCACCGUCUCUGGCUCCCAGUCCUGGCUUGACCAGGACCCCUCGGCCACCAACCACUGUGGUGCCUACCAUCUCAGGCACCAGAGCUCCCGGAACAGCACCACCUACCCUCACUCCUGCUUCAACACCCACAAGAAUCAAGAAGCCCACUGGAUCAGAAGGCACAAAGAAAACUGGACCCCAGAGCAGCCCCCAGAAGCCUGCUGCCCUCAGACCUGGGAAGGCAGCGCCUUUGAACAGCCUGACAACCCAGCCCAGCUUCAGACAGCACAGUCAGCAAACCAGCCCAGCCCCAGCGAGGUUCCUGUCCUCCAGCCCUCGGCCCACAAGCAGCAGCUACUCUUACUUCCAUCUGGUGGGGCCAACGCCUUUCCCCCUGCUGAUGGGACCUCCAGGGCCCAAGGGAGACUGUGGUUUGCCGGGUCCCCCUGGGCUGCCUGGGCUGCCUGGACCGUCCGGUGCACGAGGACCUCGGGGUCCUCCAGGGCCUUAUGGAAAUCCAGGCCUCCCAGGCCCCCCUGGAGCCAAAGGACAAAAAGGAGACCCAGGGUUAUCACCAGGAAAGGCCCAUGACGGGGCAAAGGGCAGCAUGGGCUUGCCUGGGCUCCCUGGAACUCCAGGACCUCUUGGACGAAAGGGCCUCAAGGGCUAUCCUGGACCAGCAGGGCACCCCGGAGAACAGGGGCAGCCGGGACCUGAAGGCAGCCCAGGGGCCAAAGGUUACCCUGGCAGGCAGGGAUUACCUGGACCAGUAGGAGACCCAGGCCCCAAAGGCAGCCGGGGCUACAUCGGGCUCCCAGGACUCUUCGGCCUGCCAGGGUCCGAUGGAGAGCGAGGUCCACCUGGCGUUCCUGGCAAGAGGGGCAAGAUGGGUAGGCCGGGGUUUCCUGGAGACUUUGGGGAAAGAGGCCCUCCUGGACUGGAUGGAAACCCUGGAGAUUUGGGCCUGCCAGGGCCCCCCGGCGUCCCCGGCCUCCUUGGUGACAUGGGAUCGUUGGGUCCGAUUGGUUACACAGGACCCAAGGGCAUGAAGGGGCUGAUGGGAAACAUGGGGGAACCCGGACUGAAAGGUGAUAAGGGUGAACAAGGGGUUCCAGGUGUGUCAGGAGACCCCGGAUUCCAAGGAGACAAGGGAAGCCAGGGGUUGCCAGGGUUCCCAGGUGCACGGGGAAAACCAGGGCCUUUGGGCAAAGUUGGAGACAAAGGAUCUCUUGGGUUUCCUGGACCACCUGGCCCUGAGGGAUUCCCUGGAGACAUUGGCCCCCCUGGUGACAACGGCCCAGAGGGUGUGAAGGGUAAGCCUGGAGCUCGAGGCCUGCCAGGACCACGUGGGCAGCUGGGGUCAGAGGGAGACGAGGGACCCAUGGGACCACCAGGGGCCCCUGGUUUGGAGGGUCAACUCGGCAGGAAGGGCUUUCCUGGGAAGCCUGGCCCUGAUGGCGUGAAGGGAGAACCAGGAAAUCCAGGACGGCCUGGCCCCAUGGGUGAGCUGGGACUGCUGGGAUUCGUUGGUCUAGUCGGGGAGCCAGGAAUCGUGGGUGAAAAGGGUGACCGGGGCAUGAUGGGACCCCCAGGCGCACCUGGACCCAAGGGGUCGAUGGGUCACCCUGGAACAGCAGGCAGUGUCGGGACCCCUGGAGAGCCUGGACCCCUGGGCCCUCCAGGGCCUCGAGGCCCACCUGGCUUGAGGGGACCCAAGGGACACCGGGGCCCCGGAGGACCAGAUGGAGCAACUGGGGAACCAGGGUCCAGGGGCUUGAAGGGCCCUCCAGGACCACAGGGCAGACCAGGCCAGCCUGGGCAGCAGGGCAUGACUGGUGAGCGAGGGGACACCGGUCCACGUGGCUUUCCUGGCAUCCAGGGUCCCUCGGGUCCCCCAGGCACCAAGGGCCUCCCAGGAGAACCAGGCCCGCAGGGUCCUCAGGGACCAAUCGGCCCACUGGGAGAGAUGGGACCCAAGGGGCCAUCGGGAGCAGUGGGAGAACCAGGCCUUCCUGGGGAAGCUGGCAUGAAGGGUGACCUUGGACCCUUGGGCAUCCCUGGUGAGCAGGGCCUCAUUGGGCAACGGGGAGAUCCAGGCCUGGAGGGUGACAGUGGCCCCAUAGGACCUGACGGGCUAAAGGGGGACAGGGGUGACCCAGGGCCUGAUGGUGAGCGUGGCGAGAAAGGCCAAGAAGGGCUGAAGGGUGAGGAUGGGCCCCCAGGCCCCCCAGGCAUCACUGGCAUCCGGGGUCCUGAAGGAAAACCAGGCAGGCAAGGAGAGAAGGGCCGGACGGGAGCCAAGGGUGCCAAGGGCUACCAAGGACAGCUGGGUGAGAUGGGCACCCCUGGAGACCCCGGAACCCCUGGUACCUCCGGCCCUAAAGGGUCCCGGGGAAGUCUGGGACCAACGGGUGCUCCUGGACGGAUGGGGCCCCAAGGAGAACCAGGACUGGCUGGUUAUGACGGACACAAAGGCAUUGUGGGACCCCUUGGACCUGCUGGACCAAAAGGUUUAAAGGGGGAGCAGGGUGACGAUGGCAAGGCCGAGGGGCCUCCUGGGCCCCCUGGAGACCGGGGCCCCGUGGGUGAUCGAGGAGACCGCGGGGAACCGGGGGACCCUGGAUACCCAGGACAAGAGGGUGUACAAGGCAUCCGUGGAAGGCCAGGCCAGCAGGGCCGCCCCGGGCAUCCUGGACCCCGGGGCCGGCCGGGACCCAAAGGAUCAAAAGGCGAGGAGGGACCAAAGGGAAAGCAAGGCAAGACCGGGGCGCCAGGCAGGAGGGGAACCCAGGGCCUGCAGGGGCUGCCUGGACCCCGGGGCGUGGUGGGGAGACAGGGCCCUGAGGGCGUCGCUGGACCAGACGGGCUCCCUGGCCGGGAUGGCCCAGCAGGCCAGCAGGGGGAGCAGGGAGAUGAUGGGGACCCUGGCCCAAUGGGCCCUGCUGGAAAAAGAGGAAACCCAGGUGUGGCUGGUUUGCCUGGAGCACAGGGCCUCCCAGGAUUCAAGGGUGAGAGCGGGUUACCUGGACAGCUGGGUCCACCUGGCAAGCGAGGCACAGAGGGUGGAACGGGGCUUCCAGGAGGCCCGGGAGAGCCUGGGUCCAAGGGCCAGCCGGGUGAUGCUGGCGAGAUGGGCUUUCCAGGAAUGACAGGCCUCUUUGGACCCAAGGGGCCGCCCGGAGACAUUGGCUUCAAAGGCAUUCAGGGCCCGCGCGGGCCGCCCGGCUUGAGGGGAAAGGAAGGCAUCAUCGGGCCCCUUGGAAUCCUGGGACCCUCUGGACUCCCGGGCCCGAAGGGUGACAGAGGCAGCCGAGGGGACUCGGGACUGCAAGGCCCACAGGGUCCUCCUGGCCCAAGAGGGCAGCCUGGCCCGCCGGGUCCUCCAGGGAGUCCUGUUCAGUUUCAACAGGAUAACUUUGGGGCAGCUUUCCAGACAUGGAUGGACACUAAUGGAGCCCUCAGCCUGGAGGGUUACAGCCAUGCAGACCGGCUGCUGCUGGACCAGGGAGGGGAGAUCUUUAAAACCUUACACUACCUCAGCAACCUCAUCCAGAGCAUUAAGACGCCCCUGGGCACCAAAGAGAACCCCGCCCGGGUCUGCCGGGACCUCAUGGACUGUGAGCAGAAGAUGGCGGAUGGUACCUACUGGGUGGAUCCAAAUCUAGGCUGCUCAUCUGACACCAUCCAAGUCUCCUGCAAUUUCACACAUGGUGGACAGACCUGUCUCAAGCCCAUCACGGCCUCCAAGGUCGAGUUUGCGAUCAGCCGGGUCCAGAUGAACUUUCUGCACCUGCUGAGCUCUGAGGUGACUCAGCAUAUCACCAUCCACUGCCUUAACAUGACCGUGUGGCAGGAGGGCAGUGGGAAGACCCCAGCCAAACGGGCUGUGCGCUUCAGGGCCUGGAAUGGGCAGAUUUUUGAAGCUGGGGGUCAGUUCAGGCCAGAGGUAUCCAUGGAUGGCUGCAAGGUCCAGGAUGGUCACUGGCAUCAGACACUCUUCACCUUCCGGACCCAAGACCCACAGCAGCUGCCCAUUGUCAGCAUAGACAACCUCCCCCCUGCCUCCUCAGGGAAGCAGUACCGCCUGGAAGUUGGACCUGCAUGCUUCCUCUGA